AUGGUGGUUGAGAAAGUCAUAACAACCUUACUAGAGAAGUAUGAAUCAAAAAUCUCUUCUUUAGAAGACUCGAGGGACCUAUCAACCAUUCCCUUGAUAGAGUUGAUAAAUGCUCUCUAUGCACAAGAGCAAGGAAGAGCAAAUAGAAUGGAAGAGCACUCUGAGGGAGCUUUUCAGACCAGGUGUAGAGAAAGCUCAAGCUCAAGCUCAAGUUACAAAGGCAAGAAGCAUUGGCAAGAAAAGAAAGAGAAAGGGAAGAAGGAUGCUGCAAAAAAGAAGUUUCCACCUUGUGCUCAUUACAAGAAGACUACUCACCUUGAAAAAUACUGCUGCUACAGACCAGACAUUCAAUGUAGAGGUUGCAAACAGCUUGGACAUAUUGAAAAAGUGUGCAAAAACAAGCCAAAAGCACAGCCACAGCACCAGAACCAAGCUCAAGCUGCUGAGAAUGUGAAAGCAUUGGAAGAGCAUGUCUUCACAGCUUCUUGUUUUGCAAGCUCAAGUAAGGUCAGCAAAAAUUGGUUAAUUGACAGUGGAUGUACACAUCAUAUGGCUUCAGACAAAAGUAUGUUCAGGGAGCUAGACACCAGUUUCAUGUCCAAAGUCAGAAUCGGCAAUGGUAAACUCAUAGAGGCCAAAGGCAAGGGCAAGGCUGUGAUUGGCACAAAGUCAAGUAACAAAACUAUCUCUGAGGUUCUUUAUGUACCUGACAUUGACCAAAAUUUGCUGAGUGUUGGUCAGCUACUAGAGAAGAGGUAUUCUCUUAUUUUUGAAGGCAAGGUUUGUGUGAUUAAAGAUGCUGCUGACCAGGUGUUAGUAACAGUAGCCAUGAAUGAUCGAAGCUUCACUUUAGAUGUGAAUCAGCUAGAACCAAAGAUAUGUGUAGCUUAG